CGUUUAGAGAAUCGAGUCCCAGGGCUCGAUGCUCGAUGCUUCAAGGCUUCAAGUGCCCACGGCCCACGGCCACAAGUGGCUUUUCUUUCAGUUAUAUAUGUUCUAAGGUGUAAUAGCGCGAGCUACGUAUGUACGAAGUGGAGUAAAGUUUUGUAUGUAUAAACAAAGUUAUUUCUCAGUUAAACUAAUAAUGCCGUGUGAGAAAGCAACGACCAUGUCCAGACGAUCGGGCGCUCAACCACUGCUGGAUGCAACGAUUGAAAAGCGAUUUGCACCAAGAUUUUGCGGAUAAUAAAUAAAUUAAAUAAAUAGAACAAAGUAGAUGAGGAGAUAAUGUCAUCACAGGCGUUAUUACACGGUUUGCCAGAAACGCCCUUUAAAUAUAAAUCUGGAAUACGUGAUGAAUUGAUAGCAGACUUGAGAAAAGCGAUAAUUAACGGUGAAUACUUACAACAAUCUGAAAUUGAGGAAAAGAUCGAUGCUCUUUGCAAAUGGAUGUGUACAACACCUAAGAAGAGCGUUUACAGAUUAGAUCGUUUUACAGAUUAUUAUACAAACGAUCUGAACAGUUUAUACAAGGCAUUGAAGCAGGAUGACAAACCGGAUCCAUCUAUCCACUUUUUGCCGGAUCUUCCGAAUGGAAUAGUUGCAGUCGACAGUUGGGAUUCAUCGGUGUCUCUUGAUUUAAAGAGAUGUCCAGGUGAAAUUAUCGUUGACGCUAUAUGUGGUGCAGCUGUGCUAAGAGGAUCUCACGUUUAUGCUCCUGGUGUUAUCGGAAUGCCAAAUGGUUUAACUAUUAAUACCAAAGUCAGUGUAUUCGCUGAUGUUACUGGUCAAUGUAAGAAAGGUUUGAUUAAACCAUAUGCAAAUAGCAAUAAAGUAUAUUUAGGCAAUGGCAUUCUUCGACAAACAAGGAAAGAAUUAUUUUGCAAACCAACGAGAAAUCCAUGUGGUGUUGCAAUAAUUAUGACUGAUGUGAUCUCACAAGUUCCGCAAUUGAAUUUAAAUAACGAAUCUUUGAGACCGCAUGCCCUGUUACAAAAUUUGCCGUCUAUCGUGUGUAGCCUAGUUUUAAAUCCCCAACCAGGUGAAACAAUCUUGGACAUGUGUGCUGCACCUGGUAACAAAACCACACAUAUUUCCCUGCUUAUGAAGGGACAGGGUACAAUAAUAGCUCUAGAGAAAAAUCCAGGUAAAGUGAUGCGAUUUAAGGAAAAGUGUAAUGACAAAAACAUCAAAAUAUUUUGUUACGAUGCUACGAAGGCUGUCAUGCCUGUCAUCGAACGAGAGCGCAGUUUAGCCCAUACCGACGGACCUCCGUUCGAAGAAAAUAAUUUCGAUCGUAUCCUCUUAGAUACUCCAUGCAGCGCGUUAGGUCAAAGACCGCAAUUGUACAAUACAAUCACGUCGGCACAACUUCAUUCUUACGUUCCCUUGCAGCGAAGUCUCUUUUCUGCCGCUGUUCGUCUUUUGAAGCCAAAAGGGAUAUUGGUUUAUAGUACAUGUACCGUCACAAUAGCAGAAAACGAAGGAAUUAUCGCUUGGGCAUUGAAGCAAUUUCCAAAGUUGAAAUUAGAAUCUGUUAAAGAUCAAAUAAAAACAGACAAAUAUGGCACUCAAGGAUACAUCAUAGAUGGUUUAACGAAUGAGAAUGCAAAAAAAGUAUGUAGAUUUGGUCCUGAAAGCGAUUCCGUUGGAUUUUUUAUUGCAUGCUUGACAAAAUGUUCCUGAGGCAAUGAAAUUCAUCUAGAGACAGCUGUAUCACAUACUUUACUUUUACUAAAAGUCUUUACAUUAACUAAAGUAUGAGACUGUACCACAUUAUACUUAACUUUUCUUUAUUGACUUAAUAAAUUUUUAUAAUAUUA